AUGGCACCUUCAUCCGAACAAGCAAGUAGUGGUCAACUUCCUAUACCGGCUUCUUCAUUCUCUCGAGAUAGAGAGUACGAAGCAGGCCCCUCGUCGUCAUCUACCAUUAACAUGAACCGCAACAGAUCCUAUAGGCCUUCACCUACACCUUCAUCUUCCAAUGCACAACCUACAGGAUCUAUCACUCAGGAAUUAUUCCGUAUAACUCAGAUCCUCCUUGCGUUAGAUUCGGAUACUCGAAAGUUUAUGAAAGACACCAAUAGGUCGAUCGACAAUUUGAGACAGACGGUGGACGAGAGGAUGGAAGGAUUAAGGGAACUCGUGGAAUCAAGCAAAGACCAAGGGAAGGAGAUUAGUGAGGUGACGAAAGUCAUGUUGGAAGGGUUGGAAGGGAAGGUAGAAGGGUUGGAGAGGGUCUGUGGAGAUAUCAGUAGAAGUCAGAGUCAGAGUUUGGUUGGAUCGGGAAUUGAAAUCGAUGGGAUGAGUAGAAAGGAGAAAUUGAUCAACUCACAGCUGAGUAGAAUACAAUCUGUUGCUCAGUCAGAUAGAGAUGGAACUCAGGAGGUGAUAGAUGAACAACCUCUUUUCGAUAACACGCUAGAUGACAGUGACAUGGGAGAUACCAAUAGCUUACCCCGCGAUACGGAGAAUGAUAGAACUCAAGAUGGAAAUGAACAGAAUGUCAUGUUCGUAGGUCUCAAUGAGGAUAAUGGAGUUCAAUCUUCCGAUAUGGACGUAGGAAUAGACCCUCAAGAUAUAAUGAGAUCGCCUUCGACUGCUGGUCCUUCGGUCAUACCUCAAAGCGAGGAAGUGAUCAACGCAGAUGGUCCUGACGCGAUUGAGAAAGGAUUGAGAAGGAAGAUAGCUGCGGUGCUGACUCGAGAACAGCAUGAACAUGAUGGACCAUCAGCAUCUGAUAACCUGAACGAAGCUGGAUACCAGGAACCCGUACCGACCCGUACAACAAGGUCAAGACGGAAAUCUGCCAGAGGUCAUGAACAGGAACCUUCCUCUAAUCGUGAUCGAUCUCAAUCAUCUUCCAUGACGGCAACACCGGAUGGCGAAGAAUUCGAGGAGGGAGUGCCACUGAAGCCACCUCCAAGAUCACCUUUCCCUCCUCGACCACUUGUCAAUCUAUCAGCAUCUUUAUCGCCCGACUCACAACUUAAAAAGAAGAGGGGUAGACCUCAGAAAGUUAUGCCACAUGAUCAAGUUCAAGUUUACCGAAGACGAGACUCGACUUUCGAACCUCCCGCCGCUCGUCACUCACAAAAGCAGCCGAAAGGAUCAGUGGGACAGGAAGAUCAUCAAGAUCCAGAAUCUUCUGUCGGAAAGGAAGGUUCAGUCUCGCCACGAAAGAGGAGAAGAAAAGGUACCGCUACUGCUUCUAUCAAGCCUGAAUCCCAGACUAAACCUAAGAUGAACGUAAAGCACGAUAAGAAAUUCACCCAAAAGGGUACAGCUAGAUUGAGGAAGUUUAACGGUCAGGUUAGACUUGCCAUCAAGUGUCUAGCUGCAUCAGAUGGUCAUAAGACCACUGAGGCGGAUUGGCCAAAUAAAGGGCCAAAUACUGCGAAAGGAAGAUUGGAGGAGAUCGUGUGUGACACGUGCAAAGGACGAUGUCACUGGUCAUGUGCUGGUAUACCUGAGGAGAAAGAUAUGUCACAAGAGAAUUGGAUAUGUCCAGAUUGUGCAUAUAGAAUGGAGGUUGAAGAUACACCAGCAGUCUUGAUUGACCCUACCCAACAACUGAAAUGUAUAAGGUACAAUUGCAUCUUACGUGAGAAAAGAGCUAUCGAGCAUCAAGAUGGUGAAGAAGAGCGAUAUUUUGUUGAAAAGAUCGUGGGUCGAAGGGCGAUCGCUAGAGAAACAGAUUCUCAGAAGAGGAUAUUCCAGUAUCUGGUUAAAUGGGAUGGAUACGAUCUGGAUGAGUGUACAUGGGAGCCUCUGGCGAAUCUCGAACAUCAUUCGGAGUGCCUCUUAAGGAAAUUUGAAGACACAGCCAAACGGACUAAAAGCAACUUGAAACUUCGAGUAUGCAUUUUACCCGAAGCUAGGAAACACUGGGACGAAAUCAGCGGUAAUGCAAUUGUGGAUGCUACGAAGAGCGAGAAUGAUAGUGUGCAGGGCGAUGAGGACGAGGAAGAGGAAGAUCAGGAUCCGAUUCGAAACGAGGAGAUAAACAUAUAUAUGGGAGAAUCGCACACAGGGCCGAAUGAGAACGAUGAGGCGAAGAUGAUAGAUGAAGAUGAGGAGAUGAUAAAUGGAGAACAAAACGGUGAUAGACUGGAUCGAUCACUCAACGGCGACAUUCACGACGAUGGUCGAGAUAUUGAGCCGAAUGAGGAAGUCAUAGCGGACUGGGUUGAUCAUAAUCGAGAUCAAGAAGACGAGGACAUGAUAGAUUACGAUGAAAUGGAUCGUGAGAUCAGUGGCAAUGACGACGAUCAUCAAAGCCUCAACGGAAAUAACGAAAUGGGUAAUGAUAUUAGUAAUUCGGGAUCUUCAGAAAACUCUACAGCUCAACAGCAACCGAAAGUAGAUGGAAAGGCGUUGGAUCCUGAAGAAGAGCAAGAUGAAUUAGACCAUAGCGAAGAGGAACACCAUCGUCAAGGUGACUCGCCCACAGGCAACGAGGAUCGAGACCAGGAGGACUUGAAAGAGACGAUCAACGAGAUGAGAGGAGGAGGGGCAGAAAGGACGUUCUUCGGUAUUAGGAUGUUUUAA